ACACUGUUUGUUUUAUAAGUGACUGAUUCAAUAUGUAAGUAAUUAAGUUUGAUUGACACAAGUUGAUAAUUGCUGCUUAAAAGGCAUCUGUAAAUUGAGACCAGUUAGAGUCAAUAGAGCACACGAGGAGAUCGCAAGUUUAGAGCAGAGCUAAGUUAAACUCAAGACCGCGCAGGGAUCCAUCCUUCAGAAUGUUUUAAUAUAAUAAAUAUUGGAAGAAAUCCUUGAUGCCGGUCUUAAAUCGCUUCGGAGUCUACUUCAAAUUUCUGAAGGAACUAGUGAAGAGCCGACAGAAGCAUAAAGCAUGGCAGAUAAGACAAAGAGACAUCGGCAUCUAGCACCGGUACCGAUAGCGAAACAGAUAUACGAACAAGAAGGAAACGAUUACGCUGCAAGAUAACGCGUGCGAUUAAACGCAUCCGCAAUUUGACGACAACAGAUACUACCACGGCGAAACGAUUUCGCAAAGAACUAGAUCAGCUAAGAAAGGACUUCGAACGCGCGUGCGAAAUACACAUCUUUUUCUACGAGUUCGAAAACCCGGAUCAUGAUGCAUUAGACGCGUGGGAAAACGAUUUGAACAAUGAUGUAUACACGUUAGAAGAAGCAAUUGAGGAGCACAUUGAACAGAUGACGAAGCAAGCUAUGCCUAAUGACCCGAGUUUAGAAAUAGACCAACAAGGUCAACAGGAAAUACCACAUAACAACUCAGCUUCUAAUAGCCAAGAUCACCCGCCGACUACACCGCCUAUUCCCCCAAAUACCCAGCAGGAAAUCACGCACAGUCAACAAUCGCCAGUGACAACAACACACGUGUUUGACCAGUGGAUCGAUGAUUUAGUCGAGUUUUAGGAGACUAUUGUGCAACCACAAGAAAGCACGACUAUGUCAAUAGCCGACGCACUGUAUAAAUUAGAAGCUAGCAAAGACAUACCGACCGUGGCGCUAACAAAGUUUGACAGAAACCCGCUAGAUUAUGCCGAUUUCGUCGACAAAUUCAAGAUCCACGACAAGAAUUAUCUAAGCAACAACAUAAGAAUGAUUCAGCUCAAAAUGCACCUUGCCGGAGAAGCGGAAAGAUGCAUAGCAGGUUUAGGUUCGAAUGGCGUAAUGUACGCAACAGCGCUUAAAACGCUAAAAGAUCAAUUUGGUCAAGCAAGUGUCAUUGCGCGCGCACUAGUCAACACCAUCACAAAAGGCGACAGAAUCGGAAAGAACGACAGGAUAAAGCUCCUCGAGUUUUCUAUCGAUGUCGUUAGUUGCCUAGCGACAAUGAAACGAAUCGGCUACUUCGCGGAUAUCAACGCAAACGAAAACCUCAGGUGCAUAGCCAUGCGUCUGCCAGACCACCUCAUAGAAAGAUGUCGAAGCGUGUCCUCCUACCUGAGAGAGAAGAAUGUCACGCCCAGUAUCCAGCACAUUAGUGAUUUCAUAAGAAAACGUGUGAAGGCAGAGUUCGACCCCGACUUUGGAGACAUCGGAAUCGGCAGAAACGACCAAAACCAGACUCAACCUAGGGAGAGGGAAGGUGUUUUCGCAGUGGGACAGCAAGCAAGAACGACGAAUUGUUUCGUCUGUGACGCCGAAAACCACAGGGUUCCCGAUUGCCCUAAGAUGGCUGCCGCCACAGUCAAUGAAAGACUGACCCUGCUCAAGAACGCCCGUUGCUGUUUCUCAUGUUUAAAGCGAGGUCACCCACAAAGAGAAUGCAGGUCGAAAAAGAAGUGCGAAAUAGUCCCGUCAUGUCCAUACUUCCAUCACCCUCUACUGCACGCUCAUGCAGUGACGCCGAUUCCACCCCAAGCUGACCCCAAGAUGUCCCUAACUCUAGCAAGCAAUAUCGCCUCAGUACUAGACAAGACGGCUAUGAUGCCCGUAGUGAGAGCACGCUUUAGAGCUGCGAACGGACGAGUUCAGGAGGGAAGCGUUCUAAUUGAUAGCGGCGCAGGAACGACAGUAAUCUCAAAGGCCUUCGCCAGAAGACUUGGGCUACAAGGGAAGAGAGAGAAAGUCACCCUUGCAGUCGUUGAUGGAGAGAAAAUCAACGACCCAGAAAGCCGAAAAGUAGAGUUUUGGAUGUCUGGUCUCGACGCCGCGGAGGAAUUCAAGAUUGAAGCCCACGAGAUCAGUUAUACAGUGCUCGAUGUUCCUCCCAUAGAUCGCACAUGGCUAAGCUCAUUCAAUCACCUUCGUGGCAUCGAUUUCACGCACAGAGCCGGUCCAGUUGAUCUCAUCUUAGGUGUCCACUACAGCCAUAUCCACGCAGAGGAAGAAACACGCCAAAGAACACCGUUCCAACCAGUAGCCAAGAAGACGAAGCUCGGAUGGUAUGUCAUUGGUUCAUAGAAUAAGCGAAGAGAGUCCCAGAUCUGCUCCGUCAGCUUCGUACAGCCAGUCAACCUGGCUGUACGAACUACCAACUUAUAGUUCUACAAGUUUGAGACACUCGGGGUACAAGCAAAUGACUGCGCAUGCCCGAAGCAGCCGAUGUCGUUUUAGGACAAGCAAGCUCUUAAGCUAAUGGAGAGUUCCUGUAGAAAAGAAGACAACCGUUACAUUGUUGGGUUACCGUGGAAACAAGAUAAAACCCUUCUCCCCGACAACCGUCCACUCGCAGAACAGAUGUUAAGGUCACUAGAGACAGGUCUGCUUAAAAACCAAGACAAGGCAGACAUGUAUCAAAAGGUAAUCGUCCAAUACCAAGAAAACGGUUGGGCGAGAGAGCUUACCCAAGAGGAACUUGAGAGGCCCGUCAAGCCAGUCUACUAUCUCCCAAAUUUCGGCAUAUAUCGACCGGACAGCAAGACAGCACCCCCUUAAGAAUAGUAUUCGAUCCCGCUAGUGUGUACCAGGGUGUGUCUCUCAGCUCGUCCCUGUACAAAGGCCCAGGGCUAAUCGGUGAUCUGCUCGGCGUUCUAUUGCGCUUCCGAGAAGACCAGGUUGCUUGUGUCGGGGACAUUUCAAAAAUGUUUCUUCAGAUCUGCCUUCCGGAGGAUGAUAAGCAAGUCCAUCGCUUCCUCUGGAGAGACCUAGACACUUCAAGACCGCCAGCUUUCUACGCCCUUCAGAGAGUGACCUUCGGCGAAAAACCAUCCCCAGACAUGGCCAGCUCUGUGCUGUUAAGGAUGGCCGAUGAAAACAGUGAAGAGAGCCCGCUAGCAGCUACCCUGCUCAAAAGAUGGACGAUUUUAUAUUCUCAUGUUCAACCGCAGAGGAAGCCACGAAGACCAUCAAAGAGACUGACAGCGUUCUGUCGACAGGAAGUUUCAAGAUAAAGCAGUGGAUUUCGUCAGAUACUGCAGUGCAAAGCCAGCCACCCCCACCCGGAAACAAUGCCGGACACGCAUCAGGGACGCCAACAGUCAAUCUCGAUGGGGAAGAAGGCACGAAGACUCUCGGAGUAGGAUAGAACCGGCAGAGAGACACAAUAAGCUUCGCCUCGAGGGAUUUGAAGUUGAAAGCACUGACGAAGAGAUCCGUACUCUCGAGCAUCUCCCGGCUGUAUGACCCUCUAGGCCUCGCGUCAGCCGUCACGAUCAAAGCAAGAGUAGCGCUGCAAGAGGUUUGGAGGGCAGAACAGUUCGAUUGGGACGAUCCCCUUCCAGAAGAAACAAGUGCCAUGUUGCUUUCACUACUGAAAGAGAUCGAAAGCCUGAAGGAGGUCCAAAUCCCGAGAUGUCUCAAGCCCUAUAACGCAGGCGACCGUGUUCGCCGACGCAAGGUG